ACACUCCGCCUGAAGUGUAUGAAGCACUGGAACGGUUCGGCCAUGAUGGAUUCCGUCCAGGUCAGGAGGAAGCUGUGAUGCGCAUCCUCUCAGGGUUAUCGACUCUUGUUACACUGUCCACUGGUGCAGGCAAGAGUCUCUGUUAUCAGCUUCCUGCAUACAUGUUUGCUCAGAGGAGCAAAUGUAUAACACUGGUUGUAUCUCCACUUGUCUCCCUCAUGGAAGAUCAGGUGACUGGAGUUGCGUCUUGUCUUCAGGUUGCUUGCUUGCACACCAACCAAACUCAAAUGCAGCAGCAGAAGGUGAUGGAGUUGGCAAAGUCUGGAAGAUUAAAUAUCUUGUUAGUUUCUCCAGAGGCAGUUGUAUCUGGAGAGAGGACCACAGGGUUUGGCAGAAUAUUAAAAGAACUACCUGGAAUUGCCUUUGCUUGUAUUGAUGAAGCACAUUGUGUUUCACAGUGGUCACACAAUUUCCGCCCUUCUUAUCUUGUGUUAUGCAAGGUGCUACGGGAGAAACUGGGAGUGAAGACAGUGCUAGGUUUGACGGCAACAGCCACUAAAGCAACUUGUGCCAGUAUUGUGACACAUCUCAAUAUUCCAGAUGGGCAACAGGGUAUAAUCAAAGGUGUACCUUUGCCUGACAACCUGAUUCUGUCAGUAUCUCGAGAUGAAUUCAGGGACCAGGCUCUAGUCUCAUUAUUACAGGGGAAAAGGUUCAAGUCGUGUCAGUCUAUCAUCAUCUACUGCACUCGACGUGAAGAAUGUGAGAGGCUUGCGCGUCUCAUCAGAACCUGCCUUCAGGACCAUAAAAGGCCUGAGAGCAAUAGGGUGGGUCGUAUGUUGUCAUGGAAUGCUGAACCUUACCAUGCUGGGCUCAGUGCUGCACGAAGGAAGCAAGUCCAAAAAGCCUUCAUGUCUGGUAAACUUCGUAUUGUAGUGGCUACAGUGGCGUUUGGUAUGGGAAUAAAUAAGCAGGAUAUACAAGCUGUGAUCCACUACAACAUGCCACUUAACUUUGAGUGCUAUGUACAGGAGGUUGGCCGUGCUGGACGUAAUGGUCUGCCAGCACACUGCCAUCUUUUCCUUGACUCCGAUGGUGGAGAUUUAAAUGAACUUCGUCGUCAUAUCUAUGGCAAUUCUGUUGAUCAUCACAUAAUUCGCAAACUCCUGCAGAGAGUAUUUGUUCCCUGCAAAUGUGUGCGGAUUGCACAGUUGUUUGAGGGCGUGGACUUUGAUGAGGAUUUUGCAGGGAAGGAGUCAGCUAUACAAGUAAGAAAUGGUAUAGAGGAACCUUUGAAUGAAGAGGAACAUCAUGGGAGCAAAGGAAGUCCUGUUCAAAACCGAGUUAAUUGCCCUGGUCAUGAGGUGGCAUUUUCAGUAGAUGAGACAGUGAAGACAUUGGAUCUGCCUCAAGAGAAUAUAUCUACAAUGCUUUGUUACCUGGAACUCCAUUGCAAGCAGUGGAUUAAGGUUAUGCCUCUAGUAUAUACCAUGUGCAAAGUUGUGAGCUACAAAGGACCAAGAGCCCUAAAGGCUGCAGCCAAACUGAGUCCUCCCCUGGCAAUGGCCAUUGCACUUGAUCAGAAGCGUGGAAUCUCACACAACGGCAGCAGCAAGAUAGAGUUUCCUGUUGUGGAAAUUGCAUCAGCCAUUGGCUGGGACAGUGGCACUGUUAAACAGCACCUCAAGAAUCUUGAGUGGAGCAAAGUGAAUGACAUGUGGCGUCGCACAGGAAUCUCGGUGGAGCUGUAUGAGUUGGGCUUCCGUGUACUGGCACCAGGCAACCUUUGUCCAUCAGAACUAGAUGUGGCGUUGGACACGUUACACGGGCAUGUAAAGAAUCUGGAGAAAUGUUCAUUGCAACAGCUGAAGACAAUGUUUAAAAUGCUCACCAGUGUAUCAUAUGUGGAUUGCUUUGAAUGCAGAGAUGAAGUAGAUAAGGAUCGUAAUGAAAACUUGAAGAUUAUGAUACGAGAAUAUUUUGAGCAAGAGCAUAGCAAUGUGGAAGCAGAAACAGAGGAGGAAAAGCUGAUAAAUGAAGAGCAGGUGGUAGCAGAUGUACGCAGCCUGGUAUGUAUGUAUCGUGACACCAACUUUACUGGCCGAGCUGUUGCUAGAAUUUUCCAUGGGAUUCCUAGCCCGUGCUUCCCAGCUCAAGUGUGGGGUCGAUGUCGUUUUUGGCGAGCCCAUCUUAAGUCCAAUUUCAAUUUGAUAUGUAAAGUGGCAGCCAAGGAAAUACUGCACCUCAGGUGAAGUUCCGUAUCUCGCACUGUUAGUAGUAAAGAAGCAACUGAAAUUUACUGCUGUGACAUAACGGUAUGUAUGUUUGCUGUGGAACCUGAGUGAUGCAACAGUGCACUGAUAUGAAGUUCACAUGAAGCCUUAGUGUCUUACUGUGUACAUAUAUUGGUGCAUGCUUUACAAAUGUUAAUCGUAAGCAAGCAGGUGAAAUGAAAUUGCAAACAUGACAUUUCAAAAUAUCAUAUUUUAAUGAAUGUAAGAUAGACUGUCUUUUCAAAAUUUAAGUUCAUGCAAAAAAUUUGCUUUCUGGUUUUAUUUUCAAAUAAUUUUUCUGCAGUCAUUAUUUAACAUAAUUCCAAAACAAAUACAUCUAGUUAAAACUUAACAUUGUUGCAAUGGUGUUAAGCAUUGAAGACUAUGUAUUACUGGAGACAUUCUUGUAAAGUAUCAGUAUUUUACUUCAUUUUUAUCAGGUGGCACCUUGAUAGGCGCUAAAUUAGGAGUAGGAAUCUUGUCUUGUAU